AUGCAUACAGGUGAGGUGCCUUCCCCGCACGGCCAGCCCCGCCCGCGUCCGCGAGCGCAUGUCAUAGUGGAAGCUUCUUCUUAGCCGUGCCCGCCAUGCUGACCCGCCGCAGCGUACUUUCCAGCUCAGCCGCGUCCACUACGGCCGACGACGACAAUAACAAUGACGUCACGCCGUCGAAGAUUACCGAAGACCUUAGCGCGAGAACCAGACCUGUCGAAAACGGCAGCGACAACAGCGCCCGACACAAGGCCAGGAUGCAGGAGCAUCGCUCUGCCUCCACGCAGCAGCCGAGCGGCCCGACAUCCAAGCCUUCGUUCUCGUCGCUCCAUACAGUCAAGUCGCGCACCGAAGCCCCAUUACGAAACAUGACAGUCGAGACUGAAACAGUGCCCUCGGUCGCACAGACGACAAUUGGAAAUCAGGACCGUUCCGCCUCAGGGCGUGGCGAUGGCAGUCUUCGUCUGAAGCCCAGCAACGAGACGAUACGCCCCAGAAAAGAGCGUAAGGCUCCGAAGCGGAAAGCGCCUUCUAUCAACUCAGGCACUGCGUCCUCCAAGGCAGAUGUAUUCGAGCAGAAGGUGGCUAGUGAAGUCAAUGAGGCCGAUUCCUCAGACUCUGACGCCACUUUCAUCUACGAGUCGAAUCCCCCGGAACAACAACCGCACCGCAGCCGUCACCACCACUCGCGCACGCCUAGCAUGACCUCCAUCGCAAGCCUUGUUGAUCCGCGACUUGCCAUCCGAAACGAGCACAAGAACCCCGAUAAGAAGCCCAGCAUGAAAUUUCCGAAUCCGUACAACAACGCCAAUGCAGAUUACGACGGAGACCGUGGUGACGGUACAGUACGCCUCGGUUCCGGCAGGACGAAUGGCAGCCGCCACCACCAUCACAUCGGGCGACAUGGCCAAGGACGAGGGGCACUGCAUCAUCUCGUAAUGGACAGCGAUUCAUCGCUCGUGGGUUCUUCGCGCGCCCGAGCUCCUUCAUCACGACAUCCAUCGCAGCCAAAUAGUCCCCGCUUCCAGACAUUUAGCGUAGCCAAUAGCAAUGGCAAUGGGAAUGGGAAUGGCGUGAAGAAGCAUGGAGAAUUGUCAAGCUACGAUAUCGAUACCGAGCACGCAGCCGACGAUGAGCGGACGCCACUGAUUUCAACCCGAAGCCCACGGGCGCGCACUUCACGCCAUGGACGACCAAACAGUGCUACGCUACGCCAGCUCGAACGUCGCAACCGCCGCGGAGAAGGCAAUUGGUGCCGGCGUUUCGCUGGAUGCCUGGUUGCGUCAAUUAUUAUUCUCGUUGUCGUGUUCACUGCCGUCGGCGUGGUCUUCGCCUCUACUAAGCAAUUGACCGAUCUAAAGAUUCGCGAGAUCCAGAACGUUGUGGCUAGUCAAGAAGAGAUCAUCAUGGAUCUCGUGGUCGGUGCAGUCAAUCCGAACAUUGUAGGUAUUACUGUUUCGGAUAUGGAUGUUAUCAUGUUCGCCAAGAGCAAGCAUGUUGGCUCGGACAAAUGGUGGCGGGAGCAUGGCAAUGGCAGACCACAAAACGAGGACGGAUGGCUCCCGGUCCAGCCAUCAACGGCUGACGAUCUGAAAGGCGCAAGCACCGAUGGUGUUGACGAAGGUACAGAUCCGAUUGAAGAGCCAAGAACCAUGUCGCUUGGCCGCAUCUUCCACUUCGACUCGCCACUCACAUUCGACGGUACAUUCUUCAAUCACCGCCAAGUAGAAUCUGUUGGAGAAAUCCGUCUAUCGAACCCUGGUAACAAGACUGAGGCCGGAGGGACCGAACGAUGGGAGGAAGUUUUACAGUAUCCCUUCGAGCUUAUUGUCCGCGGCACAUUCAAGUACGAACUUCCUCUCAGCACUCAUGUACACAAGGUCUCAGUCACCGCCUCGUACGAUUACGAUCCCGACGCUGAGAAAAAGAAAUUGAAAACGAUUGGAUCAGAAGAUACGAAGCAAAAGAGAAGGGACUCAUCCUCUUUACCUGUACCAUCAGCGCCAGUAGGACGUUUCGAUCGCAGAAUGCUUCCACUUCUGGAUUGGGAUGCCCAAUAAGUCUGGCUACUUCCCCUCGAUCCUCUUUCAGUACGACUCG